UUUGUUUUCUUUUCUGAAAAAACCCAAACAAAUUUAGUUUUCAAGUAUAUAAAUGUUGCACAACGUCUACCACUUCACCUCCCACAGUCACUAGAAAAUUAUCAAGCCUAAAAUUAUGAAUCAAUACCCCAUUUCCCCAUCCACAUAUGAUAGAAAAACUAUUGAAAAAAACAGAAGAAAUCAAAUGAAAGCUCUCUACUUCAAACUCUGCUCUCUCCUUCCUCCCCAGUCUUCAAAGGAAAUAGGUAGCAUGUCUGAUCAAUUAGGAGAAGCUGCAAUGUACAUAAAUGAGCUGCAAGAGAGGCUGGAGGUGCUGAAGCAGAAGAGAAAUUAUUUGAAGGUGCAUAAAUCUGUUAGCUCCAGUUUUAGUUUCAGGGGUGAAUGUGAGUCCAAUGCAGCUGGUGGAGGGCCGAACCAACCGUCGUCCCUCGAAGUUCAUGCCAACGGCUCGACUCUUGACGUCGUUUUGGUGACUGGAGUCGAACACCGGUUUAUGUUCAAGGAAAUUAUUAGGAUUCUAACCGAGGAAGGUGCUGAUGUUGCUAACGCGGCUCUCUCUGUGCUGGACGGGACCGUAUUUCACAAUGUGUAUUCCGAGAUUGGAGGGAGUGGAUUGGAAAUUGGAGGUGCAAGAAUUUUUGAGAGGCUGAAGAAGUUCGUUGCUAGUGAAAACUAGUCAAGAUUUCUUGGUGACUGCAACUGAUUAACAAUAAAUUUUUGCACAUAUAUUUCCAUCUCUAAAUUUUUUGGAGAUGGAAAUUGAUGCAAGUGAUCAGAUCAGUCAAUCGAUUGUGUAAUUUCGAGUAAGUGAUUUGUGAUGUUGAGGUCGUUUUUACAGACAAUGAGAGUAGCAACAACAAUAACAGUGGUUGCCAACAUUCAAUAAAUGGUUAGAAAUUUUCGAGUAAGUGAUUUGUGAUGUUGUAACGUCCAUCAAUUUCCUCCUUUUACCUGUAGAGUGUCUCUACAGAUUUUAAUAAAAGAUUACUAUUACAACUGUCUCACAACAAGAGAUACAUUCUGUUAA